CAAUGAAAAUGAACAGGGGUGUGGUGGUGGCUGGGUGAUGGACAAGUGCGGAGAGAAUGGACGGACACACGGGUUCCAGCAGGGCGUAGGUGCACCGCGCCAGUAGGCUGGAGCCCUCCGGGGUCUGUGCUGCUCAGUCCUUCCCCGCGCACCAGCCCCUUUCCCGCAUGAACCAGCCAGACGCGCCUCACUUCCGCUCCCCUUUUCAGAGCAUCUGGGCGGGGCCUCGCUUGGCUGCUCCCUCUGGGAGUGAUUGCGGCAGAGAGGACCUGGGGUCCAUCCUGGUCCGCAUCCUUUUUCAAGCCCCCGCACUUCCACGGAGAUCCAGAGCGCAGCCGCAUUCCCUGAUUCUCCCCGCCCCAUUCCCGGGGGGUUACAUUCGACUCCACCUGCAAACACUGCAGAGGAAACUAAAGGCCAGUAGAUGGUCAUUUGCAUCUCAUUUGAAUAUUGUCCAAAGCAGCCAUCGCCUGCCCAGGCCUGCUCCAGCCAUCAGUCACCUUGGUGUCCUUCCCGCGGCCGGCGCCCUCACUGGCUGAGGUUCACCACCCCUGUCUUCUAGGUCUGCAUCGCGGCGGUUGCCAGGUAGGCGGAUGUGAGAGGCCCGGUUCUCCUCAUUCUCUAGAGGCCACCCCGUCGCCUCCGGCACCAUGCUGUCCCCUCAGAGGGCUUUGCUCUGCAACCUCAACCACAUCCACCUCCAGCAUGUCUCCUUGGGCCUGCACUUGUCGCGCCGUCCUGAGCUACGCGAGGGGCCUUUGAGCACAUCCCCUCCCCCAGGGGACACCGGGGGCAAGGAGCGGCGGGGUCCCUGCAGCGGGACCCUGGUGGACGCCAAUUCCAACAGCCCCGCCGUGCCCUGCCGAUGCUGCCAGGAGCACGGGCCAGGCCUAGAAACGCGGCAGGACCCAGCACAGGAGGAAGCGGGGGCUGCCUCUCCCUCGGACCCGGGCUGCUCGUCCUCUCUUAGCUCCUGCUCAGACCUCAGCCCUGACGAGUCCCCCAUCUCAGUCUACUCGCGGGACCUCCCUGGCGACGAAGAUGUCCACCCUCAGCCUAGCAUCCUCCCCCUGGAGCAGGGCUCCCCACUGGCUUCCGCAGGCCCUGGCGCCUGCUCUCCGGACAGCUUCUGCUGUUCUCCUGAUUCCUGCUCCGGGGCUUCAUCGCCACCCGGCCCUGGCCUGGACUCCAACUGCAACGCCCUGACCACCGGCCAGGACCUCCCUUCUCCAGGGCUAGAGGAAGAGGACGAGGGUGGGGAGCAGGACCUCCCUACCUCCGAGCUCCUGGAGGUGGAUGAUGGGAAGAUCGACGCUGGGAAAACCGAACCUAGUUGGAAAAUCAACCCCAUUUGGAAAAGUGACACAGAGAAAACUGAAGCUGGCUGGAAAAUCACUGACAACAAUAACUCUGGUUGGAAAAUCAAUGGGAAUACUAACUCUAGUUGGAAAACUGAACCCGGAAAAUUCGAGUCCGGUUGGAAAACCAACACAGGAAUAACUGAUUCUGGCUUGAAAACAGAUGCAGGGAAAAUUGAUGGGGGAUGGAGAAGUGACGUCAGCGAGGAGCCGGUGCCCCACCGGACAAUCACGUCCUUCCACGAGCUGGCCCAGAAGCGCAAGCGGGGCCCGGGGCUGCCCCUUGUGCCACAGGCCAAGAAAGAUCGCAGUGACUGGCUCAUAGUCUUCUCGCCCGACACCGAGCAGCCCCCCACCGGGUCUCUGGGCGGCUCCGCGGCGCCUCCCCGGGAAGUCACCACCUUCAAGGAACUUCGGUCCCGAAGCCGGGCCCCGCCCCCACCAGUCCCGCCCCGAGACCCCCCAGCUGGCUGGGCCUUGGUCCCGCCCCGGCGGAGGAAGAAGAACCGACCGGGGCUGCAGCCCAUAGCCGAGGGCCAGCCGGAGGAGGGCAGGGCGAUCAGCCCCGCGGCUGGCGAGGAGGCCCCGGCCACGAAGGAACCGGAGGAGCCGGGCGCGCAGGCCGGCCUUGAGGUCCGUAGUUCCUGGUCUUUCGCCGGUGUCCCCGGGGCCCAGCGACUGUGGAUGGCAGAAGCCCAGAGUGGGACUGGCCAGCUGCAGGAGCAGAAGAAAGGUCUCCUGAUAGCCGUGAGCGCUUCAGUGGAUAAAAUCAUCUCGCACUUUGGGGCAGCCCGGAACUUGGUUCAAAAGGCCCAGUUGGGGGACAGCCGGCUGAGCCCAGAUGUGGGGCACCUGGUGCUGACCACCCUUUGUCCGGCCCUCCACGCCCUGGUGGCCGACGGGCUGAAGCCUUUCAAGAAGGACCUCAUCACUGGGCAGCGCAGGAGCAGCCCCUGGAGCGUGGUGGAGGCCUCGGUGAAGCCAGGUUCCAGCACCCGGUCCCUUGGAACCCUGUAUAGCCAGGUCAGCCGUUUGGCCCCACUGACCAGCAGCCGGAGCCGCUUCCAUGCCUUCAUUCUGGGCCUCCUCAACACUAAGCAGUUGGAGCUGUGGUUUUCCAGCCUCCAGGAAGAUGCAGGCCUGCUGUCCCUCCUGUACCUGCCCACUGGAUUCUUCUCCCUGGCCCGGGGCGGCUGCCCCUCGCUGUCCACAGAGCUGCUGCUGCUGCUGCAGCCAUUGUCGGUGCUCACCUUCCACCUGGACCUGCUCUUUGAGCAUCACCACCAGCUGCCCCCGGGUCCGCCACCGGCCCCUGCCCCCCCGGGCUCGCCCCCAGCCUUGCAGCAGACUGUGCAAGCCAUGCUGCACUGGGGGGGCCGGCUGGCCCAGAGCCUUCGUGGGACUUCGGGAGCGACCCCUCCAGGCCCUUCAGCUCCCUCAAGCCCCCCUACAUCAGGCAGCUGGUGGGAGCAGCUGACCCAGGCCUCCCGGGUCUACGCCUCUGGGGGCACCGAAGGCUUCUCCCUUCCCCGGUGGGGAUCCAGGCGGCCCGGGACUGCGGCUGAGGGCUCCCAGGAGAGAGCGCAGCCAGCAGAGGACGUGGCACCAGGCAGAGGCGUGUGGCUGGGGAGACUGUUUGGAGCGCCUGGGGGCCUCCCAGAAUCAGCAGGUGGAGGUCUGAAGUCCAGGAGACCAUCCAGCUGGCUGCCUCCCACAGUGAGUGUGCUGACUCUGGUGAAAUGGGGGGCACCUCCCGAGACUCCCUCUUCUCCAGAGGAGCUCGAGGCCUCAGUACCCAGCAUGGUGCAGACCCACAGGGCAGUCCGUACUCUCUGUGACCAUUCGGCUGCAGGACCGGAGCAGCUGAGCUUCCGGCGUGGGGAAGUGCUGCGUGUCCUCGCCACUGUGGACGAAGACUGGCUGCGCUGUGGGCGGGACGGGGCAGAGGGGCUGGUGCCCGUGGGGUACACCUCACUUGUUCUCUAGGCCCGGAACCCUCCGCUCCUGCACCUUUGUCCCUCUUGUCACCCGGGAGUGGAAUGGCCUCUGCACAGUAACCCGUGUAAACCAAUCAUCCCAGAAGCAUUCUCCCGGAUGUCACCAAAUGACACUUUCCUCCCAUAUGUAAAAUAAAUUUUCCUUCUCCCGCCCAUGCCCACCUGUAAGUUGAAAUCUGCUCUUCUUCCAAGUAUAUCAAAAGAAUUUCCCCCCAUGCCAUCUUUCCUCUGCCCCAUCCACAUAAGGCAGCGUUCCUUAGCACCUGCAAAACGGAAAUCCUGCCCCUCUGCCUUCUUGGUGUGUACGUGGACUCUGCCAGUACAGUGUAUGCCUGUUCUCACAAUGAACGGCCUGGCGCCCCAGCUGUGACCCCCCCAUCCCAUGUUGCCUGUAUUUAUUGUGUCCUCGUGUUGUGCCAGGUGCUGAGGCCCAGACACCCCUGGUGGGUGGGCCUGUGGUGGUCGGCCUUCCUCCUGUCCCAAUAAAGUGUGGGAGUUGAAUG